AUGGGAAAAUACCUCAGAGAAGCUGAUGUGCAAAAAUGGGCUAGAUGUCAAUUCUCUGGAUACAGAUAUGACAUAAGGACAACUAACCCUGCCGAAUUCAUCAACUCUGCUUUGCGUUCACCGAGAGAGUAUCCAAUCAUUCCCUUGUUGGACAGUAUCAGAGAAAUGUUGACUCGGUGGUUUUAUAACCGUAAGAAAAAGAUUUCAAAGCAUACACAUCCUCUCACCAAAGAUGUGAAAAAGAAGAUUGCAAGGAGAACCGAGAAAGGCAAAACAUUUGUAGUUUACCCUGUCAGCGAUGGUCGAUUGCUUGUUAGAGGUGAUAAAAUUGACUUCUUAGUUGAUUUGGAUAGACGGACUUUGCUCAUGUGGAAAGUACAACCUGAUAAAGAUACCUUGUCGGCACGCAAUUAA